UGCUGCUGGUGCCCGUCGUCAUGGCGAUCAGGUCAGUAGGUCACCCUCCUCUUGCAUGCUGCUGGUGCCCGUCGUCAUGGCGAUCAGGUCAGUAGGUCACCCUCCUCUGCAUGCUGCUGGUGCCCGUCGUCAUGGCGAUCAGGUCAGUAGGUCACCCUCCUCUGCAUGCUGCUGGUGCCCGUCGUCAUGGCGAUCAGGUCAGUAGGUCACCCUCCUCUGCAUGCUGCUGGUGCCCGUCGUCAUGGCGAUCAGGUCAGUAGGUCACCCUCCUCUGCAUGCUGCUGGUGCCCGUCGUCAUGGCGAUCAGUUACUACUUCCUGCUGGUCUUCCCGCCCUCGUUCCCCCAGUGGAGCUCAGGGGAGGCGGAGCCAUCUGUCUUUGUGGGCGGAUCCUCUCAGGAGCACCGCCCACUCGUGGAUGAAGAUGAGGAAGAGGAGCAGGAGGAGAGGGCUCUGAGUGACGGCACAGAACUGAAGUCAACAGGAGCUCUCAACUUCACAGAGAAACUGGUCAUCCUCAAGGGUCUGAUUCGGUUCAUAGUGCCUCUGGCGGUGGUCUACUUCGCUGAGUACUUCAUCAACCAGGGACUGUUGGAGCUGUUGUUCUUCCCAGAGUCCUCCCUGUCCCACGCCGAGCAGUAUCGAUGGUACCAGUCUCUGUACCAGAUUGGUGUGUUGGUGUCGCGCUCUUCUCUCUUCUGCCUGAGGAUCCGCUGGGUCGGGGUUCUGUCUGCACUACAGUUUGUGAACGCGGUGCUGCUGACGAUGGCGGUGUAUUACCAGUUCCUGCCGGCUGUCUGGGUCGUCCUCGUCAUCGUCUUCUAUGAGGGGCUGCUGGGUGGAGCCGCCUACGUCAACACCUACUACUCAAUCAGCACAGAGACAGGUGAUCGGGAGCGUGAGUUCUCCAUGGCUGCAGCGAGCGUCGGGGACAGUCUGGGCAUCUCCCUCUCUGGAGCCACCGCCCUGCCCCUCCACCACUACUUCUGUUCCCUCUAACACACACACACACACACACACACACACACACACACACACACACACAC